UGAUAACAAAUCAUAAUUGUCAGUAGUAAAUUGUUGCAAGAAGACACUUCACCUUAGAUUAAAUAUGAACAAAAAUAAAAACAAUAGGGACCACAGAAGACAUGCACCGAAAAUACGAACAAAACGUAAAAAUCAAAACUAAGUAGCGCGUAAUAUAUAUAGAAACAGUAUAAAAGUCGUUUCAAGAUUCAUUAUCAAAUAAAUUUUAUGUUCAAUAUAUAAAAAUAUAUUUUAGCGGCAAUACUGCACAGAAACUAAUAUAGUGAACCAUGGGGCCUGUUCAGGGUGAUUCGAAUACCAACAUUAAUGGAAAAGAGCAAAAUAAUUCAAACAAUGAUACAAUUAUGCCAAAAGAGAUGUAUCAGGCUCCAGCCUGCUUAAAGAUACCCCUGACUCCCCCCAGGAAGCUGCUAAUGGGCCCUGGACCAUCAACCGUACCGCCUAGGAUAUUGGCAGCUAGUGCGAUACCACUUAUAGGACACAUGCAUCCUGAAAUGUACCAAGUGAUGGACGAAAUAAAGGCCGGUAUUCAAUAUGUAUUUCAAACCCAAAAUGAACUGACAUUAGCUAUCUCUGGAGCUGGUCAUGCUGCGAUGGAAGCAGCCGUGUGCAACCUGAUAGAAGACGGGGACGUUCUUGUGUCAUUCGUGGCAGGUAUGUGGGGUGAAAGGUUUGCAGAAAUUGGGGAGAGACAUCGAGCAGUCACACAUAGGAUAUCAAAGCCCCUGGGUAGCGUGUUUACCUUGGAAGAGAUAGAGGAGGCUUUAAAGAGCAAAAAACCAACUGUCAUGUUCAUUGCCCAAAGUGAAUCUACUGGAACUAUUUUACAACCAAUUGAGGGUAUAGGAGAACUAUGCCGAAGAUAUGGUACUUUGCUUGUGGUUGACUCGGUGGCGUCACUGGGUGGAACACCAAUGUUCAUGGAUGAAUGGGGAAUAGAUGUUCUGUAUGCUGGGUCACAAAAAGCACUCAACUGUCCGCCAGGGGCAAGUCCCAUAUCGUUUAGCCAGCGUGCAAGAGAUAAGAUUGCCAAGAGAAAAACAAAAGUGACGUCAUUCUAUCUAGAUACAAAUGAACUAGCCAACUACUGGGGAUGCGACGCAGGUCCACGGCGUUAUCAUCACACAGGCCCAAUCUCCACACUUUUCGCACUCAGGGAAGGAUUGGCCAUUCUUGCAGAAGAGGGACUGGAAAAAAGUUGGGAAAAGCAUAGGAGAAUUAGUAGACUUAUGUGGGAAGGAGUUGAAGCACUGGGCCUUGAACUUUUCGUGAAAGAUGAGAAACAUAGACUUCCAACCCUAACUGGUAUUAAAAUACCAACAGGAGUCGACUGGAAAAAAGUUUGCCAGUAUGCCAUGAAUACGUACAAAAUUGAAAUUGCCGGAGGUUUGGGACCCGAGUCUAUAGGUAAACUGUGGAGAAUAGGCGCUAUGGGAUACAAUGCCACAGAACAUAAUGUGAAUACAGUACUAAGAGUCUUAUCAGAAGGCAUCAAACAGUGCAAAAUCACUGAAUAAAAAUUGCUCAGUUAAAAAGCCUUUGAGGCUGAAAUCACAAUUAGGUAAAUGCCUUACUUAGAAAUAUGCACUGGAGUUGGAUUGUAUAUGCCUAUACAAAACUGAACCCUGGAUUUGGAUCGGUUAAAGAGUAGUAUAGAGGUUUACAUUAAUUACAGAUGAUGACAUCGUUAUAAGUCAAACUUAAUUGUGCACGAGUGAACGCAACAAUCUCAGUACUGUUAAUUAAAGAAAAUAUAUCCAGGAAUAGUGAUGCACAUUUACUUACAUUUACUCCACAAUUUAUUUCUAGAUAAGCACACAGCGCUUUCAAAGCUUGUGGUAUGUUAUUAUAGAUGGCGUGAGAAUACGGUUAUAGUUUAUGUCAUUGUGCAAUUUAAAUGUAAUAUUCAAAAUGUAACGCAAUAAAGUGUGCAAAUGUAUCAAUCAGG